AUGCGGGAUGCCAAGGUAUCCGACACUUUCUCCUCGGACUAUCUACUCCACCUACCAGCAGGGACGGAUCUGUACGACGAAGCACGCCACCAACAUUUGCAAGAGGCCGUGCUUAAAGGUCUGGACCUCUCCCGGCGGGAACGGGCACUAUGCGAUGCCGUACUGCCUAGAUCCAACGGUGGUGGCAGUGUGUUCAGCUUGCUCGCGGUAUAUUCUAUCGAUGCGGCUCCUGGUGCCAACAAUGGAUGA